UGGGCACGUUAGGUGAUAAAACACUAUUGACCUAAACAAGAAAAACUAUAUAUCUAAAACCCUUCUGGCGACUAGAGAGUUCUGCAACCAAAACCCCGUGGAAAGGCAACGACUCAGUAAGCAUCAGUACCGAAAGCUCCUGCUGCUGAAGCUCUAAAUCUUUCUUGAGGAGUGAGCUCAUGCCUAAGUGUUGCUCAAAAUUGCAAGGUACCAUUUCAUCCAAAGACUUCAUAUUCAUUUAUUUUAAGCUGAAUCUGGGGAUUUUUGGAUUCUCUUCAAACUGGUCAUGACCCAUUUGCAGAAACUCAGAGUGGCAUCUAUUCUCAAAUGGGUUUCUUUAAAUUUUUAUGAGAACCACCUUAGAUCAUCAACAACCCCAUUUCAGCCAAUUGGGUCUUUCUCCAAUGCCCAAAGCCCUAGACUUUACAGAACAAAAAGAGCUUCUGAAGAUAAAGAUUCAGAAAAUGUGGAUAAGCCCUCAACUGGUAAUGAAAAAAAUGCUGGUCAAAUAUCUAGUUCCAUUAAAAAAGAAGCGCAAGCUGCUUUGCUGGAUUAUUUGCAUGGUACAAGAGGGGUACAAUUCAUGGAUGCAGAGAAUAUGAGUAAAAACUCGCCGCAUUUUCUGGACAAGCUUUUGAAACAGGUUGAUAGUGAAAAAGAGAUUCUUAUGAAAAAGAAUAAUGAAAAAGAAAUUGGGCGAGAAAUUUCCCGGUUCUUGAGGUACCACCCCAUUAAUGAAUUUGAGCCUUUCUUUGAAAGCUUGGGUUUGAAACCUUCUGAGUAUUUUCCUCUUCUUCCGCGUAGUUUGAUGUUUUUAACUGAUGAUCAGUUGUUGGUUCACAAUUAUACUGUUCUAUGUCAUUAUGGGAUUGCACGCAAUAAGAUAGGAAAGAUUUACAAGGAAGCGACUGAAGUCUUUCAAUAUGAUUUUGAGGUUUUGCUAUCAAAACUUAAAGCUUACGAAAAACUCGGUCUUAGCCAACCUACUUUGAUUAAGUUUUUUGUUGCUAGUCCUUAUCUUUUAAUUGGGGAUGUAAAUGUGGAAUUUGUUAAGGCAUUAGAAAACUUGAAGAGUAUUGGAUUUGAAACCAAUUGGAUUGAGGGGAAUUUAUCGGCAGAUAGUUCUUAUAAUUGGAGCCAGAUGCUUGAAGUACUAAGGUUGUUUAGUGAGAUGGGUUGCAGCAAUGAGCAUUUGGGUGAAUUGAUUGGCCAGCACCCAUAUAUUUUAUUUGAGGGUUCAGGGGGAAACACAAUUUCACUAAUUGGAUUGUUACUGAAAUUUGGAUCCACAAAGAGCCAGUUAUGUUCAAUGUUUCUACAAUUUCCACCGAUUCCAGUUGUGAAAUUCGUUUCAAAUUUGAGACAGUGCAUUUUGUUCCUGAAUGAGAUUGAGAUGAAGGUUUCAGAGAUUGGGAAGAUUGUCCAUUCCCAUCCCCUGCUACUGGGCUCGAUUUCUUUGAAAAAAGCUAACAGCUUACUCAAUACCUUGAAAACUGGGAAGACAAGAUUGUGUAGAUAUAUCCAGGAGAACCCACAAGAGUUGAAGAAUUGGGUUUUGGGCAAAAGAGUUGAUCCAUUUCCAGGCUCAGGAGAAAACCGUAUAUCAAAGACACAAAAGACUAAGUUUUUGUUAGAUAUAGGAUUUGUAGACAACUCAAACAAAAUGAAAAAAGCUCUUCGAGGAAAGGGAGGGGAGCUUCAAGAAAGAUUUGACUGCAUUGUGAAAGCUGGUUUGAGUCAGGAGGAUGUCUGUGAAAUGAUUAAAGCAAGAUGACAUAUAUGAAUAUAUACAAGCAAAGUUUAUUUAGCACCAGGUUGUUGUACCUUGUAAGUGUGUGUUCAUGUAUGCGUGCAUUUCCCGUCGUGAGUAAUUGACCGUCCAUGUUCUACAUAGAUGCUAAAUCAGUCUCUGUUUUUCUUUUUUAUAUUUUUUUUCUGAGAGAAAUCAGUCUCUGUUUAUAAUGGUGAAAGUCAUUUGAUGAUUUUUUCUAUAAUCUAAUGCAGUUUUCUUUUUUAUUUCACCCUUUUUGUUCCGAUGUGCAAGAUCUUGUUAGUUAUGACUUACUGAGUACAUCGCCACUUUACCACAGCCAAUUGCGCUUCCACAUCAAUAGUUGUUCAGCUUAAAAUAGCUUAUCAUCAUGAGAUUACCCUGAAAACUUAUGUCAUCAGUUUGACUUCUGUUAGCAUAGGUCAACAGUUAUCUGGUUUUAGUCUUAUAAAAGUUGCAGUGCUUUACCUGAGUUAUUGUUAUUUCAUGUUGCUGCCAUAAGGAGAAUGCUUGGGGUAAUAAGAAAUAGCAUGCAUCGUUUGAAUGAAAUUUGACCUAUUAUCCUUCAAAAUACUUCCCAUCGUUUGUUUUACAGAUUUGGAACUCUUGACCACGAGUUGCCAAAAACAGAUGAAAAGGUAGAGCAAUGAUCUGCAAUGGUGGCUCACGCUUGCUGUAGUCUCUGCAUGAAAGCAUGAAUGAAGGAAAUGGCCUAUGCUGAGAGAAAACUGUUAGCUUGGUUGAGAGUUUAUACUUUCACCUUUUUCUUUCGUUUCUAAAUUUUGUUGAAAGCCUUGAAGUAAUUGUUAUUGAAAUGGUGUACAUGAUUUUCAAACUGGCUGUGCCCGUAGUUGGAUUAUUGCUCAAUGGAGUUUGUUGAAGCCUAGAAGCAUUCUAAAGCAUGUUCAUUAACAGAUUCACUGUUCUUGAGGUCGA